UCAACUGAUGAUUGCAGAACUCCUGUUCAAAGAUACCUAACUUGACAUCCUCCCAGUAAACCCGAACCUGUGCCAUUCAUUCAUUAUACCCCCCCAUUCAUCCCUGAUCGCUGGACUCUGCUGCCGAAUUGACACGCCCCGAAAGAAUCCCCAACAUUACAAUCAACUCAAACACGCGCAUCGUGGACUCAUCACACCUCUACAUCGCAACUUCAGUCGCAACUCAAGAAUCGAGUCCUAGAACCGUGUCCUAACUCGGAGUUCUCUGCUUUAGAAUACUUCCUAUCGACAUCCACGAACCGGCACAAGAAAGGAAGAACGGAUACCCUACCACUAGAGGUGCCAUGGCGGAGCCUCCACAUAAGCGACCAAAGCGGACCGAUAGCUCUGAUAUGUGGGACCGCGGUGCCUCGGAAUUAAAGCCUCGUACCCAUCACACAGAUCGACCUGGCCCCGAAGAUACAUCAAGGAGAAGGGAGCGGAGGCGUUCGCGAUCAAGAUCGCGCGAAAGAGGGGACGCAGGGCGGGACCGGCCUCGAGGUGAUCGAAACUACGACAGUCGUGACGGGAGGUCGAAGCCGGUAAGGCCUAGGGAACGGAGUGCUAGCAGAGAACGCUACAACGCACGACGAGGCGACGACCGAGCCAGAUCACGAUCACCGCGGAGAGAUGAGUCGAAGUACAAAGGCCAUCGCGCACGCUCACCGCCACGAGGACCGCGCACCGAUCGAUCCAGAGAGCGACGCCGCGGCGACGGCGACCGAUCCAAGGCCAAUGUGCCAGAAACGAACGGAACCGCCAUGGGAGCAUCGUCUAAACAUGCUGCGGACAAGAAGGACCCGGAUGAGAUGGAGGGUAUUGAGGAAGACGAGGACGCUGUCAUGAAGCGGAUGAUGGGAUUCGGCAAAUUCAACACGACCAAAAACUCGAAGGUUCCGGGCAAUGAGAUGAACUAUGCGGUCAGGAAGGAGAAGAAGACAAUGUACAGGCAGUACAUGAACCGGCCAGGAGGCUUCAAUCGACCUCUCAGUCCUGGGUGAAGGUAGGACGUGGGGAGGAGAGGUUUUAAGUUGUCGAUGCGGAUAUUUCUAGCGUUUGGUGAUGAUGUCGACCUGCAUCGGCCGGAAACACUGUAUACAUACUCUUAGCUAGCCUCCAUGAUCGAGGCAAUUGGCGCUGUGUUCUAGAGAAAAUCGGUCGUUUCCACGAUCUAUCGACCUCUUCACAUGCUUUGCUCUUAUACACAUGGAAAUCUUGCUGGAGUCCAGCCCAACGGCCCUCGCAACCGCGAAGUUACCGUAUCCUCCCUGUAUCCACAGACAUCGUACAGCAUCAGGAAAGUUAGGUACAUUACAGUCGGUAUAAAAUAAGUUGCAGUUAAUAGAUGGUACCUGAAUAUCAAG